AUGCCUGCUAAAGAGGAGAAGCAGCUGGCUGGUAGCUUAGCUCAGCGCAAGUGCCUGUUUAAAGUUUUUGAUGCGCUUGAGCGGUUCAUCCGUGAUUACGAUCAUGAUCGCGACAGUUUCCAGUUGUGUGUGCGGAUUGAUUCUUUGGACAAGAUGAACGAAACCUUCGCGGAGUGUCAGAGUGUGAUCGAGAAGCUGGAUGCACCAGAGGCUCUGGAUGAGCACAUCGACGAACGCGUUGAAUUCGAGCAACGGUACUGCAAGGCAAAGGGUUUCCUUCUCUCGAAGCGCACCGGGGAUCCUAACCAGUCGGCAUUGAACGAUUCGAUUCACGCUCCACAGCAACAUCAAGCAAACUUCCACCUCCGUCUGUCAAAAAUCGACCUACCGAAGUUCAAUGGGGACUUUUCACGUUGGAUUUCAUUCCGGGACACGUUUACUUCGAUGAUCCACGUGAACGGCGAUAUUCCCACAGUCGCCAAGCUCCAAUACCUUCUCCAAUCUCUCGAGGGUAGCGCCAAGAAACCUUUCGAAUCGGUCGAUAUCGCCGCCGAUAGCUACGCUACAACUUGGGACGCUCUGCUGAAGAGGUACGACAACCGGAAAUACCUUAAGAAGCAACUAUUCAAGGCGCUGUACGAGUUGCCCGCAGUGAAGCAGGAGUGUGCAACACGCAUCCACGGUUUGGUCGACGAUUAUCAACGUCAUGUUCGCGCCCUAGCCAAACUGGGCGAACCGGUGGACUAUUGGGACUUGCCACUCAUCUACCUGCUCUCAUACAAGCUGGAUCACGCCACACUACGCGCCUGGGAGGAGAAGACUAGCCACAAGGACGAUGUGAAGUAUGAUGAACUAGUCGAUUUUCUCUACCAGCGGGUGCGGAUACUCAAUUCCGUCGGGCCAGACAGUUAUCAAUCAGCCUCGUCGAAGGUGGCCGGCUUCCAGCAGAAAAGCUUCAAGCAGAAAGUGUCGGUCAAUGCAUCAGCCUCAUCCACUCCCAGCUACUCCUGUCCGCUUUCCUGUUCGGACAGUCAUUCCAUCCGAAUAUGUCCGGUGUUUCUUGGGAAGAACGUCAGUCAACGCCGAGAGUUGGCUUCCCAAAAGCGCUUGUGUUGGAACUGCCUCAGCGUUGGUCAUCAAUCCAAGAAGUGCAAUUCCAAAUACAACUGCCGUACAUGUCAUGAGAAGCACCACUCGCUUCUACAUGAUUUCGCUCCAGCGAAGAUCCUCUUCAGCCGCCGUUCUACAGUGAACGUAUCCGUCGCAGGCAUCGGAUCCUCCACACAGAAGAUUAGUAGUGCCAUUACAGCAACCAUCGAGUCGGGAGAUCGAACGAUCUCGAUGAAAUUGCAGUUUUUGGUACUGAAGCAGCCAUCGUCGGAGUUACCAACUACGCCGAUCGAUAUUUCAGCGUGGAAAAUUCCAAGCGUCGAGCUAGCAGAUCCACAUUUCAAUGUUCCCGGAAACGUAGACCUCGUCAUCGGUAGCGAAACGUACUGGGAACUCCACACGGGACGGAAGAUUUCUCUGGGUGAAGGUUUUCCGUGGGUAGUCGAAACUCUCUUUGGUUGGGCGGUCACUGGUCCCGCAUCGCGCUCGGCUACCUGCAUUCCACGGUUCUGCUACCUCUCCACUGCUGACGAUCGACUGGAAGCCGCUCUACGCAAGUUCUGGGACAUGGAAACAAUUCCAUCGGCUCCAGUUCGAUCUACCGAAGAAAGUAUAUGCGAAGAACACUAUGCUGCUACUACGAUGCGCAAUUCCGCAGGGCGGUACAUUGUGCGUCUUCCGAGGACUGAAGAUUCCGAAAAGGUUCUCGGAGAAUCAAGGUCGAUUGCCGAUCGUCACUUCCUGAGCUUGGAACGGCGACAAGAUAGAGAUCCUGCUAUCAAGGACUCAUGCCACCGAUUCAUGGAGGAUUAUCUACAGCUUGGUCACAUGCAGGAGGUACCAGAGCCUGUAGAUGAUCGAAUUGAACACUCCUACAUACCCCACCACGUCGUCUUCAAGGAAUCCAGCACGACCACGAAGGUCAGGGUAGUUUUCGACGCGUCAUGCAAGACCUCGUCUGGCUAUUCUUUGAACGACACGCUUCUUGUUGGACCUGUCGUCCAGCAAGACCUCUACUUCAUUUACACAAGAUUCCGGACACAACGCAUUUCCAUAGUAGCAGAUGUCGAGAAGAUGUACAGAUGUCCGUCCGAUCCGAUCGCUACGUUCGAACUACAGACCGUGACAUACGGUACGGCUAGCGCACCGUACCUUGCAACGAAGACACUCCAGCAGAUUGCCAUCGACCAGGCGGAGUUCUAUCCUGCUGCUGUUGACCCAGUGGUGGAAGAUUUUUACGUCGAUGAUCUGUUGUCCGGCACAUCUGACGUGGAAUCCGCCAAAACACUUCGCCUUCAAAUCACUGCCAUGCUGGGUUCCGCUGGAUUUUUGCUGAAGAAGUGGGCGUCGAACGCUCCAGAAGUCCUCCGUGAUGUUCCGCCAGAAGAUCUGGCCAUCCAACCUCUCCACGAUCUGCAGGAUGAGCAGAUAAUCUCCACGCUCGGCCUAUUGUGGGAUCCAAAGGCCGACAACCUUCGAUUCAAGGUAGAAGUACCUCUCCCGGCGGCCAUCCUUACCAAGCGGAAGGUAAUGUCGUACAUCGCCAAGAUUUUCGACCCACUGGGCCUAUUGGGUCCGGUCAUCACGAAGGCAAAGCUUUUCAUGCAGCGUCUAUGGGCAUUAAAGCAUGACGGUGUUCUCUGCGAGUGGGAUUCUCCAUUGCCGGAUCAGCUGCAACACGAGUGGAAGCAGUUCCAUACCACGCUUCACAUUCUAGCUACAGUCCAAGUUCCUCGCUUCGUGUUUUUGUCAGUCGGUGCUACUAUUCAGCUUCAUUUCUUCGCCGAUGCGUCCUCCGUUGCAUAUGGAGCUUGCUGCUUCGUCCGCAUGGAAUCGGCGGAAGGUAUACGAGUCCAGCUGUUGACAUCGAAGUCAAAAGUCGCGCCGCUAUCCACGCACCACUCCAUCGCAAGACUAGAGCUCUGUGCAGCACAUCUGGCAACGCAGCUUUUCAAGAAGGUGGAUGCCUCGCUGAAGACCACCACCAUCGCCUAUUUCUGGUCCGAUUCCAGCACCGUACUUCAAUGGCUGCGUGCCGUUUCAACCCGCUGGAAAACAUUCGUCGCUAACCGCGUGUCGAAGAUCCAGGCCACCACAAGUAUAGACCACUGGAGGCACAUAGCUGGUUCCGAAAAUCCUGCCGACGAUAUUUCACGCGGCCUCAAUCCAACGGACAUUAUCAACUGUUCCCGUUGGUGGCAUGGCCCUUCCUGGCUCGCACUGUCACUUGAAUACUGGCCCAAGACCGUCAUCGACCAGAAUUCCCCGGCAGCGUCCGAAGAAGGGCGCAAAGCACCGAUUGUGGCAAUGACCGCCGCACAAGCAGAUUUCUGUGGAGAUCUGUUUUCUCGUUACUCUCGCUACAACAAGUUACGUCGUGUGGUUGCAUUCUGCGGCCGCUAUAUCCAGCGAUUGAAGAAGCGCAUAGAGUUGCGCAGUUCCGGAUCAUCUCUUCCUCUGUUGGCCAUUAGUAGCCGAUUCAUUGCAACGUCCAUCGUACCACUCACCACUUCCGAGCUCCAGCACGCUGAAUACCUACUCUGCCGUUUAGCGCAGAAAGAAACAUUUGCUGAGGAGUUGUCGGAUCUUUCGAAUGGCGAACGUGUCGCCAAGUCAUCAUCGCUGAAGUGGUUGAAACCGUUCGUGGAUGAAGACGGUACUCUUCGCGUCGGUGGUCGCCUACGUAACGCCGCACUAUCCGUCGCAAACAAGCACCCGAUCGUUCUGUCCGCCAAACAUCCACUGUCUGCUCUGCUGGCUAGCAGUUUUCACAUUAGCCUACUGCACGCAGGGCCACAACUCCUGCUAGCCACUCUCCGUCAGAAGUUCUGGAUCCUUGGCGGCAGAAAUCUUGUCAAGUCCGUCUUUCACCAAUGCCACACUUGUUUCCGAUCCAAGCCCACUCUAGUCCAGCAGAGCACAGCCGAUCUGCCGGUAUCGCGAGUGUCGCCGACGCGUCCGUUCUCCGUUUGCGGUGUCGACUAUUGUGGACCAUUUUACGUGAAGUCAGCAGUACGAACCCGUGGCCCCACGAAAGUCUACGUGGCCAUAUUCGUUUGUUUCUCGCCCAAGGCGGUCCACAUCGAGCUAGUGAGCAAUUUAUCGACUCCAGCGUUCCUAGCUGCACUCCGUCGUUUAGUCGCCCGCAGAGGAAGGAUCGUCGAACUCCAUUCGGACAACGCCACUAUCUUCAAAGGAGCUUCGCAUGCACUCAACCGAGUCUAUCGCAUGUUGAAGACUAAAGCAGCCGAUCGAAACCAAAUCUUUGACUGGUGUUCCGGAAACGAAAUAACCUGGAAAUUUAUUCCACCACGAGCACCACACUUCGGAGGCCUCUGGGAGGCUGCAGUCAAAUCGGCGAAGCAUCAUCUGCUGAAGGUAGUCGGGAACGUCAACCUUGCCUACGAGGAUCUAUUGACCUUGUUGGCACAAGUCGAGAUGUGCCUGAAUUCUCGGCCCCUGACACCGAUACCGGAGGACCCAACCGACCUAGACGUCCUGACUCCCGGACACUUCCUUGUCGGAAGCAACCUCCAAGCGGUUCCGGAAUCCAACUGGAAGGAGACCGCCGACAACCGUUUGGACCACUGGGAUCGCACCCAGAAGCAUCUGCAGCAGAUCUGGUCUCGCUGGUACCCCGAAUACUUGCAACAACUGCAGUCCCGUGCAACUAAAGGUUGCAAUCCGCCCGUCACCAUCGAGGUGGGCGCCAUCGUCAUCAUAAAGGAGGACAACGUUCCGCCAGCAAACUGGCCGCUGGGAAAAAUAGUCAAGCUCCACCCAGGAAAGGAUGGCAUCGUCCGUGUGGUAACCCUGAAAACAGCGAACGCCAACGAAGUGGUGCGCGCCGUAGCUCGCAUUGCACUGCUUCCGACACCAAGAUCAACAUAA